AUGUCUGUUCUUAAAACUCUAGGAGAGUCCGAUGGACCUACUAUAAAAGAGUGCAAUAUGAAAUUGGAUGAGAUGAUUACAUUGACAGUGGAUGAUCCUCUAAAUCUUAUUGCUUGCACUAUUUUUUAUGAAAACAAGGCAUAUCAAGAGCAAUGGCUGGUUCUUUCUAAGAAAUCUGAGGAUGGUGUUGUAGGCGCACUUGAUGGAACACUUAUUCGUGUUUCUAUACCGCCCGCCCAGCAAACACCCUAUCGAGGUAGAGGAAGAGGAGAUUGCUAUCAAAAUGUACUCGCUAUAUGUGAUUUUGAUAUGCUUUUUACAUUUGUUUGGGAUGGAUGGGAAGGAGCAGCACAUGACUCACGGGUAUUAAUAGAAACUAUGCGAGAUCCAAGUAAUAAUUUUCCUUUUCCUCCGCCUGAAAUUUUUAAUCAUGCUCAUGCCAAAUUAAGAAAUGUCGUUGAGCGAUCUUUUGGAAUUCUAAAAGCAAGAUUUCCUAUUUUGAAGAUAAUGCCAUCGUAUCCAAUUAAUGUGCAAAGAAAUAUUAUUAUCGCUUGUGUUGCUGUGCACAACUAUCUUCGCAGAAUGAAAGUUAUGGAUGAAUUUUUUGAGCAAUUUGAUAGAACGGAGAUGAUUUUUCAACAACCUCAUGCAAAUAUUAUGCAUGAUGGCACAUAA